AUGAGUAAUAUAAAUUCACUAUCCUCACCGACGGAACCGUCGACUUGUCCACCGGAGCAACACCAUCUCCGCUCGCUCGACGGCACAAUUGAACACUGUGUGAGCCCGAACUUGUCGUGGAAACAAUUUCUCCAAUGCAUCAUUGUAUCAUUUGCGUGGUUCUUCGACGCGCAACAAACCUUCAUCUCUGUCUUUACCGAUGCUGAACCUAAGUGGACUUGUAAGAAACACUUUUCGUGCAAUUACGAAACCACUGAUAUAUGCCAGCUUCCCAGGGACUCCUGGUCUUGGGUUUCACCUGCGCGCACGUCAAUCGUAUCAGAGUGGUCCCUCGAGUGCGCUGGCCCAAUAAUCACGGGCUUGCCGGCUUCAUCCUUCUUCUUGGGGUGCCUGGUCGGCGGGUUCGCGCUGGCCUCCUUAGCGGACUCGUCUCUGGGUCGGAAGAAUUUGUUGGUUCUGUCUUGCCUGCUCAUGUCACUACCCGGGUUGCUAACUGCAUUUUCCACCAACAUAUGGAUGUACUGCGGGUGGAGAUUUAUCAGCGGGUUUGGACGAGCCACGAUUGGAACCUGCGCGCUUGUUCAUGCAAGUGAGCUAGUGGCGGAAAAAUGGAGGGCAAGAGUUGGAGUCAUUGGAUUCUUGUGCUUUACUUUAGGAUUUCUCUCUCUCCCGGCUAUAGCUUUUCUGCUAAGAAGUUGUUCGUGGAGAUUAAUCUAUCUCUGGACUUGCGUUCCCUGUGUUUUCUACUCCCUGUUAGUGUAUUUCUCAGUUCAUGAAUCUCCCAGAUGGCUUUUCAUCAAAGGGAAAAAGCAAGAAUUCGCCAAAACACUUAGAAGCAUGUCCGCGCCCGAGCAUUGGAGCACCUUAACAGAAAGUUUCCUGAGCCAUUCCAUGGAGUGGGGGGAGACAGAAUCAGAAGAACUUGGGAUUUGCUCUGCCCUCGCGAUCUUGCUACAGAAAAGCUGGGCUUUUCAGCGUCUUGCAGUUGUAACUUUAGCAGGUUUCGGCAUCGGCAUGAUAUACUACGGGAUCCCAUUGGGCCUAAGCAAUUUGUCGUUCGAUGUAUAUUUAAGCGCCACAUUCAAUGCGCUGUCCGAAUUGCCGGUGACACUAGCCAUGUUUUUCGUUAUGGGGAAACUUAGGAGAAAGGGCACAGUGGUGGGAUUGGCUUUACUGAGUGGGAUCUGUUGCCCUGCGUCUGCGUUGGUAAGAUGGAAGGGACUGCAAAUUGCGCUGGAAAUCGUCUCCUUCUUUAUGGCUCGCGCGGCAUUUGAUGUUCUCUUGAUUUACACAUUGGAGUUAUUUCCAACUUGCGUCAGGAACUCCGCCGUGUCGAUGGUCCGGCAGGCAUCGUUGUUUGGCGGGGUUCUCGGCCCAGCGCUAGCCGCGGUGGGCAGAAAAAAGGGGUUGCUCUCGUAUGGCGUGUUUGGGGCAACGAUUUCGGUCUGCGGAUUGUUGAUCGCUUGGUUGCCGGAAACUAAAGGAAGAGUAUUGUGUGAUACGAUGGAGGAGGAAGAAGAGUGUAACAAGCAAUGGUUACACAAGUAAUCAGUUUACGAUCUGCUACAGUGCUUCCAAACCCUAAAAUUUGAC